CUCUCUCUCUCUCUCUCUCUCUCUCUCUCUCUCUCUCUCUCUCUAUAACAGCUGGUGCUAGCUGUCCUCCUCCUUCUUUCCCUUGUCAUGUGACUCUCUCCUCUAAAUCCUCUCCUCCUUCCCCCAGCAAAGCUAACUUAACCUGCCACCAACACCUCCAACUCCGUAUCGCAAACUCCAGAGAGAGAGAGAGAGAGAGAGAGAGAGAGAGAGAGAGACUCUAAAUGUCUCAAGGAUAAGUUCAAUCAUCAACUAGAAAUGCAAGAUGCUGUUGUUACAUCAUGUAGCCAACAACAUUGCGUAGCGUUCGUUCUCAGCUCUCUCUGUAACGAGAGAGAGAGAGAGAUAUAAACACAGGGAGAAGAGAGAAGAGCAAUGGCACAGCUACCUCCGAAGAUCCCUAGCAACAUGUCUCCAAACUGGCCCAACCUUGGCCACCAUGCGAUCCCUCCAUCCUUCCUUCCGAUCGCGCCGCCGCUCGCCCCGGGCUCUCAACCCUCCUGGGUCGACGAGUUCCUCGACUUCUCCUCCGCCAAGCGCGGCAACCACCGCCGCUCCGUCAGCGACUCCAUCGCCUUCCUCGAGCACCCACUCGAGGGCGAGGGCUCCGACUUCGACCGCUUCGACGACGACCAGCUCAUGUCCAUGUUCUCGGACGACGUGCCCCCGUCGUCCCUCUCGGGCGCCGUCCCGGCCUCCUCGUCGUCCACGCCCUCGGACCACAACAGCUUCAACGAGGACAAGCCGACCGACCAGAAGGCCAAGAACGAGUCGGAGGAGGCGCAGAGCGCGUGCAAGGAGGAGCCGCAGGCGGUGGCUCAGCCGGCCACCGGGACGGAGACAAUCGUGGAUCCCAAGAGGGUGAAGAGGAUCUUAGCGAACCGGCAAUCGGCGCAGAGGUCGCGGGUGAGGAAGCUUCAGUACAUUUCGGAGCUCGAACGCAGCGUGACGACGCUGCAGACCGAAGUAUCGGCAUUGUCUCCUCGAGUCGCCUUCCUCGAUCACCAGCGAUCGCUGCUGACGUUGGGCAAUAGCCACCUGAAGCAACGCAUUGCGGCAUUGGCGCAGGACAAGAUAUUUAAGGACGCACACCAGGAGGCACUAAAGAAGGAGAUCGAGAGACUCAGACAAGUCUAUCACCAGCAAAACCUAAAGAAAAUGGCACCGCCCACAUCGGAACCAGCCGUGAGCACAGAAAAAGAGCUGCUUAGCUGAUGCAGCGCAGGCCAUCAUGCAUGGCAGCAGGAGAAUGCUCGUCCAUUCACUGCAGUGAUCCUGGUAGUGUUCAUCGAUUUGGAGCCCCAGAAGAAAAAGCCUCGUUGAUUUUGGUGGUUCUGCAGGAUCUUUUUCUUUCUUUCUUUUGGUGCAUUUCAUUCGAUUCAAAGAACAAAAACAGGAUGAAAGUUAAAACAAUGAAAGCCUUUGGAUGUUGAAGCUGCAAGUGUGGAGGCCUGUGAAGCAUUUGAUGUAUAAUUGAACAUUGUUGAUAAGCUAAUUCCAUGUUGUGAAUGUAAGCUGUUGUUUACGCUUU